AAUUUCGAUAAAGGAUCAUGGAAACGAACAAAUCGUUGCAUAGACCGUCAUCAACGAAUGGACAGUGGCAACGUGGAAGUUAUCGUUAUCAAUGUGAAAGAAGGAAACGGCGACGACGGAAGCCUUGGAGCGAAAAGAUAUGUGACUGGACCAGGACACUGAUAGCCUUCCUCUUCAGUAACGUUGGAGUAGUAUGCCUCGUCGUAGGUUAUACUAUAGUCGGUGCUUUCCUGUUCACUUAUAUCGAGGCCAAAGACAGCUUGGACAUAUCCGGUGACGUCGUCAAGCAAAGAAACAUCACGGCUGCUAAGCUUUGGGACUUGACUUCAAAGGAGAACAUAUUCUCCGAGAGAUUAUGGAAAAAAGAAGUUAGGAAUAUAUUAGAGAGGUAUCAACAAAAAAUGGUUAAAAAUAUAAGAGACGGUUAUGAGGUUGUUACCGAAGAACACAAAAAGUGGACUUUUGCGGGUGCAUUUCUUUACUCUCUUACUGUCAUUACGACCAUCGGCUAUGGGAAUAUUUGUCCUAAGACGAAAUGGGGUAAAUUAUGUACGAUAAUAUAUGCCAUAAUCGGUAUGCCAUUAUUCCUACUUUAUUUAAGCCAGAUAGGAGAUAUUUUUGCGAGAAGUUUCAAGUGGAUCUACGCACGAUGUUGCCUUUGCAAAUGUCAUAAAAAACCACGUGAUCCGAUUAAUUUGGAAGUAUUAAAAUUACGUACAGAAACGAAAGUGCAAAGAAAUCAAUGGCAGCACGUAGGAGAGACAAAGACUUCUAAUGUUUAUGAAGACAUCAACGUAAUAGAAAUGAAUAAUAUCAAUGGAAAAGCAAGUAUGAACAAUAAGGUCAACGAUGGUAACAGUAGUUGCGAUUACGAUCCACAACAAGUAACUGUACCAUUAACACUUUGUCUUAGUAUUAUGGUGGGGUACGUUAUAGCAGGUGCUUUGCUAUUUUCAAAAUGGGAAGACUGGAACAUGUUAGAUGGGUCUUAUUUUUGUUUCGUUUCAUUGUCAACAAUUGGAUUUGGUGAUAUAGUACCAGGUGAUAGAAUUUACUCGGGACAAGGACUCGAAUUAUCUUUCAUCUUUUGUUUCAUGUAUCUCAUGCUUGGUAUGGCACUCAUCGCUAUGUGUUUCAAUCUGAUGCAAGAGGAAGUAAUUGCUAAAGUUCAUAGUUUGGCACGUAUGAUCAAGUACAUCUUCAGAUGCGAUAGGUGAUGAUAUUAAGAUGAUUAAAAACGUUCGAUAAGUAUAUUUGAGUUUAAUCAACCUAAAAGGAAAACUAAAAGGAUUCAAAAGAAAUGAAAAAAAAAGAAAUGAAAAAAGCUACUCACUUCUCAUUCGUUUGGACUGAUCUUAUCAAUUUCAAGGAAUAUAUAUAUAUAUAAAAACACGCAUCUUAGGAUCCACGAGAUUGAAUUACAAUUCGUAUUACAAUUCGUGAUAUUCGAAGACACUCCUACGUCAAUCGUAGAAAAAAAAAAAAAAGAAAAUACGAGCAAGAUUACGUGUACAGGAAGAACUUUGAAGCUUCUCUCGCUCGUGAGAGAGGAGAGGAAAGCAUUCUUCUAAUUUAUGCUUUCCCUGGGGGAUGACUGACAACAAGUGGUUGCCGUCGCUUACGGAGGAAAUUAAUAGACGAUUGGGCAAUCAAUUUCUGUUUAACUUUCGAAAAGCAAUGGUAAAAUGUAAUAUUCGAGUGAAAUACUAGAGGAUUUCAUCUUUGACAGGAAAUUAAUCUUGACAGAAUCUAAAUGGUCGAAUAACUAAACGACGUCGAUAGUAGUAGAGAAGACGAAAACCCUUGGGAAAGAAGAAGAAAGGAGAGAAGAGAAGAAGGGUGUGAUAGUGACUGUGAUAGUAGUUGUAAUAGUAGUAGUAAUAGUAACCGAAAUAAGACGCCUCGUCUUAAAACGACGAUCUCCGUAAACUCCCGAGAGAAAAAUUCCCGUUUGGUAUCGAGGAUUCGAUAAUGGGAAUUAACGAGGAAGACAUUGCACUCGUGCCGAUCAUUUGAAUAUUCUUAAACGGCAACUUUAACGGAUCUAAUGAGUGACUCUGGAUGUGUGCUGCGAAGGAAUUCCUUUAAGAUUUAAUGUUUCGACGGCGACCAUUGUCGACAUAGUCGGAAGAAAGUGAACAACAUUCGAAGAUGGGCCUUGAGUUUGCUGUCUAACAGAAAAACAAAAUAAAUUGCCUAUAUAUACAUAUAUAUAUAUAUACACACAUAUAUAUACACAUAAUGAUUUAUCUAUAUCGACUAACGAAUCGUUAUUAUUACAACGUAGAGAAAAUUGCCUAACUUAUAUACAUAGAUACAGAAAUACACAAAAUAUAUGUCAUCGAAUGACAUUUUCAAUGAACUUACAUGUACUACCUCGUGUAUGCCUAACCAGAAGAUUUUUCAUCACGCGUGUGUGACAGUGAUAUAUUACAACAUAGACAAAAGGAAUGUUUAAUUAACGGACAGCUAAGAACCGAUAUAUCUCAUUAAUUUUUUCUAUCUAUCUAGCUAUUUCUCUCUCUCUCUCUCUCUCUCUCUCUCUCUCUCUCUCUCUCUCUCUCUCUCUCUUUCUCU